UGGUAGUAAGAAAAUUCAUUGGCGCUUGAAAAACAGACUCUUUUAACGCGUUGUUGUUUUCUGCGUAACGGGGAUACCAGCUAUGUGAUUGGCCAUCGACGUGUCAAUCGUUUGCUCCACCGGAGAAAAAAGACUGCGUCGGGUUUGUGAUUUGACACAAACCGAGUCGUGAUCAUCCAGUCGACUCGUGGGUGGUUAGUUAGCCUCCCCUAUUUACCUUCUUUCCAUUUGGCGGACGUGCCAGCUCGCUGAGCGGCUGUAUGGACUACUUAUAACUCAUUUUCGUGGUAACCCCUGUUGCUGUUUUUUUUUUUUUUUCCUUUUUUCUUUUGGACUUUUGUUUUCCCUCUUUGGACGAAGUGUGUCUGUGAGGGAGAAACGAACGCGGCUUGGAUAGUGGGGGAUAUCCCCUUGCUUGUCUAGCUGAACGUCGUUUUUCCAGGCUAAGCUAGCAGAAGCAGCAGCGGCAGCAGCGUAAACGGGUGGGGGUGGAUUUCUACACUCCGGCCCUUGGAAAGCGAUUAUAAAUAACCCCGUAAGGAGUAACGUUAUGCUGGGGGACAAUGACCAGCGAAGGGGACAGAUCUAAGGAAGAAGGGCUCCUCCGGGGAGAGGACGUGUCAGUGGAGGACCGUCGGGUGGACGAUCAGUAAGGAGGUGAAGAGUGGUUCAGCUAAGCGGAGCUAGUCGGUUAGCUAACCAGAUCAAGGAAGUUGACUAGCUGCUUUUGCUAACUGGGCUCCAAACUUCUGAGUUAGUGAGUGAGUUUAAGAUUUAAGUGGUGCCAACUUUUUAAAGCUGGAGCUUUAGAAAGUCGCGAAUUAUUUGCGGAUUUUAACCUCCUCUUAAAAAAAAAUAAAAAAGGUAGCACAGUGGUUUCACCGUUAGCUAGAAAGUCGGAGCUUGUAAACAAAGGCUCCCGAGCUUCACCUGUCCACAGCGACCUUACACCUCCAGUGGUCGUCGACCCCAUUGUUUGACAGACAGCGCUGCCUUUUCUUUUCUUUUUUUUUUUUUUUAAUUCAACAGCGACUUUAAUUCUCGGAGAUGGAUUUAAAGACCGCGGUGUUCAAUGCAGCCAGGGACGGUAAGCUUCGGCUGCUUCAGAAGCUGCUGGAGAACAAAGAUGGGCACGAAGUGACCAAGUUAAUGGGCGAGAAAACAAACGGGGCCACCCCGCUCCUGAUGGCUGCGCGGUACGGCCAUUUGGACCUGGUGGAGUAUCUGCUGGAGUGCUGCAGCGCUCCUGUUGAGGUCGGUGGUUCCGUGAACUUUGACGGGGAGACCAUCGAGGGGGCGCCCCCACUCUGGGCUGCCUCUGCAGCGGGACACCUGAAGGUAGUCCAGUCCCUCUUGGGUCACGGAGCUUCUGUCAACAGCACCACCCUGACCAACUCGACGCCCCUGAGGGCGGCCUGCUUUGACGGCCACCUGGACAUUGUGAAGUACCUGGUGGAGCACAAUGCUGACCUGGAGGUGGCCAAUAGACACGGCCAUACGUGUCUCAUGAUUUCCUGCUACAAGGGGCACAAGGAGAUAGCGCAGUACCUGCUGGAGAAAGGGGCAGAUGUGAACAGGAAAAGCAUCAAAGGCAACACAGCGCUUCAUGACUGUGCAGAGUCAGGCAGUCUGGAGAUCAUGCGGAUGUUGCUGCAGUACGGAGCAACCAUGGAGCAGGAUGGCUAUGGCAUGACACCCUUACUUUCUGCCAGCGUUACAGGCCAUACUAACAUUGUAGACUACCUGACAACUCACCAGCAGACAAGCCACACGGAACGGAUCGAUGCCCUGGAGCUCUUGGGAGCUACAUUUGUAGACAAGAAAAGAGAUCUGCUUGGAGCUUUAAAAUACUGGAAAAGAGCCAUGGAUCUAAGGUACAUGGACAGUAACAACAUCAUCCAUAAGCCAGAACCCAAGCAGCUGAUCAUGGCGUAUGACUAUGCUAGAGAGGUAACAAAUGCAGAAGAGCUGGAUGGGCUGAUUUCUGACCCGGAUGAGAUGCGCAUGCAGGCUUUGCUCAUCCGAGAGCGAAUCCUCGGUCCGCAGCACCCAGACACAUCCUACUACAUCCGCUACCGUGGUGCUGUCUACGCUGACUCUGGGAACUUUGAGCGCUGCAUAAAUCUGUGGAAAUACGCACUGGACAUGCAACAAAGCAACCUGGACCCCCUCAGCCCCAUGACAGCCUCCAGCCUGCUGUCAUUUGCUGAGCUCUUCUCUUUCAUGCUGCAGGACAGAGCCAAGGGGCUCUUGGGGACAUCGGUGUCGUUUGAGGACUUGAUGGGGAUACUGUCCAAGAGUGUGCUGGAGAUUGACCGAGCCAUUAAACAAAGUGGACCAAUGCCUCCUGACCCCACUCAGCUCAGCAAGGCCCUCUCAAUUAUUCUGCACCUGAUUUGUCUUUUAGAGAAGGUGCCAUGUACUGCAGAGCAGGACCAUUUCAAGAAGGAAACCAUCUACAGAUUCCUGAAGCUCCAGCCGUGUGGUAAGAAUGGCUUCAGUCCACUGCACCUGGCAGUCGACCGCAACACUACCUGCGUCGGCCGCUAUCCUGUCUGCAAGUUUCCUUCUCUCACAGUUGCUUCAAUCCUUCUUGAGUGUGGGGCAGAUGUUAACAGCAGAGAUGAAGAUGACAACAGUCCCCUCCACAUAGCGGCAUCCAAUGGUCACCCUGACAUCAUGAACCUGCUAAUUUCUUGCGGGACUCACUUCGACAGUACCAACGCCUUCCAGCAAACGGCCUGCGACCUCCUGGACGAGAAGGAGCUGGCCAGGAAUGUCAUCCAGCCCAUUAACCACACCACUCUGCAGUGCCUAGCCGCCAGGGCUAUCAUCAAGCACGGCCUCGACUACCAGGGAAACAUCCCUGAGAAACUGGAGUCCUUUGUCUUGCUCCACAGAUAAUGAUUGUGAAGGAGAAGAAUGGAUUGGUGCAUGGGGAAAUGUAUGAAAAGGAGCAUAAUUUCAAUGCCUCGCCCACAGUGAUUGAAAAGCAGAAAGACAAUUAAGUGGGUUAGGUUUGCAAAUUCAAACUACACAGAGAGUAUGAACUUGUUGGAAGAAUUAUGUGCACAAAAAAAGUCCUCAACUAACCAGAAUGGACUUAAAAAUGGUUGGAUUAACUAGCCCGAUCUUUUGGGAUGCAUCAGGAGUGGAUUGCAACAUGGACAAACACGGCUGCAUCUCGGGAUGAACUGAGGAAAGGGGGUUUACAUAUUUUUGCUU